GACACAAAAAUGUCUUGAUGCGUACUCUAUUACCGACAGACGUCAGGGACAGUUGCAGUUUCAGUUCCGUUUCGUGAAUUAUUCAAAAAUUAACACAACAUCAACAAAAAUGGCUUUAAAUCUGAGAAAUAAAAAAUAAUCUUUAUCAACACACCACAUCACAUCAUCUACAUAGCAGACUUACUAUGGCAGAACGGAAUACCCCUGAUAGACGUAAUUUAGUGCCGCUUGCUGGAAGUAUUGUGGCUGGCACCGGGAUCAUCGCCCUUGCAUACAAAGCAUUAUUUACGAAGAGCGGUGAAGUGUCUGCUGAGUCCGAGGAUUCUUUAGCAGCUGCCCCUGCAGCGGCCGCCGCCGCAGCUCCGGUAGCCGCGGCGGGGGCUGGCACCGGGGCGGCGGACGGGAGCCACCCUGAGAACGAGGACAAGGAGAAACCCAAGUGGCCCUGUACCCCGGAGGAGCCUGAAUCUCCUUGCUCCAACCCCUACUCUAGGAGAACACCAUACUGCCAGUAGGUCAAUGCUGUAACAAUACCAUGACCCCAUCUAACUCCAACUCACAAAUAAUUAUGAAAAAGAUUCCAUCCAACACCUGUCCAUAGACAAUGAUGAGGCUUUAAGACCUUUGUUUCCUUAUCAUUUAACAUUCAACUUUUCUACAAGCAAAAAUUACAAUAGAUGAUUCCUGA